CGGAAGUUUACAACGGGGAAAGAGACCGCCAUUCUUUGAGUGGUUGGACCAGAAAGUUCGUUUAAAAUUUAUAAUAUUACAAUGGCCUCCGAUUCGGUCGACAAAUUGACAGAACAGUUAGCUGGCACAACCGUUGAAUCCAGCACAGAACUGGUUUAUAAAAGAAAAGAUGCCACUUUUAAACUCAACACGGCUGAAGAUGCCAAAGCACUUGUUGAGGCCAUUGAAAGCUUUGAUAAUAUGAAAGCACUUCGGUUAGAGGGAAAUACCCUAGGUAUAGAUGCUGCUGCAGCAGUUGGAGAAGCCCUGAAAAAACAUCCAGAAUUUGAGAAAGCUUUAUGGAGUGAUAUGUUUACAGGUAGAUUAAAAACAGAAAUACCCCAGGCACUAAAACAUUUGGGAGCUGGAAUAAUGGCUGCCGGUGCCCAGUUAGUGGAGCUAGAUCUCAGUGAUAAUGCAUUCGGUCCCAAUGCUAUGAAUGGUUUAGUAGACUUUUUACCCAGUAAAAGUUGUUACACAUUACAAGUACUGAAACUUAACAACAAUGGUCUAGGAAUCACCGGUGGAAAGAUGUUAGCUAAGUGUUUAACAGAAUGUUAUGAAAACAGUUUAUCAACAGGCAACCCCCUGGCUUUAAAAGUUUUUGUUUCUGGUCGGAACAGAUUGGAGAAUGAAGGAACAAAGGCUCUUUCACAAGUAUUCAAGAAAUUAGGAACUUUAGAAAAUAUUUCAAUGCCACAGAAUGGAAUUAAUGCACCAGGAAUAUCAGCAUUGGCAGAUGCACUUAUGACAAAUACUGGUUUAAAAAUACUCAAUUUAAAUGAUAAUACACUCACAGAAAAGGGAGCCAAACAUAUUGCACAGGUUCUACCUAAAUUAGAAAAUCUUGAAGUUAUAAAUUUUGGUGAUUGUUUAAUACGUAAUGCUGGAGCAGUGGAAAUAGCCAAAGUUUUGACAGAAAAUAACAAUAAACUUAAGGAGUUGAUAUUAUCUGGUAAUGAAAUAAAACAAGCUGGUGCUAACAGUAUUAUAGAAUCUAUAGAAAAAAAAGAACAUCUAGUAAAAAUAGAUUUAGAUGCUAAUCAGUUUGGAGAAGGAGGUUGUGCAGUUAUUAAAGGAUUAUUUGAAGCUAUGAAUAAAGAGGAUAUAUUAGCUUCUCUUAGUGAUGAUGAAGGUUCAGAUGAUGAAGAAGAUGAUGACGGUGAUGGAGAGGAAGAAGGAGAAGAAGAAGAGGAAGAAGAAGAUGAUGAUGAUGAUGAUGAUGAAUAUGAAGAUAUAGAUGAAAUUCAAGAUUCAGAAAUACAAAUAAAUAAAGAUAAAUCAGUUACCCCACAAAAACCUAAAGAUCCAUCAAUUACCCCACAAAAACAGAUAAAAGUUUCGGCAGCUGAUUUCUUGGCAUUUCCAUCUCCAACUAAACUACAACAGAUGGGUGAUGAACGUGGUGUGGCUAUCAAACAUGAACUUGGGGAUGAAGAUAAAGACAUAGAGAAGUUAGUUGAUACUAUAUUUAGAAUAUCAACAGUUGUUACAGAAACUGACAAAAAAACAAAACAAGCAGCCAAUCAAUGUGCAGAUGAACUAUUGGAACCAGUUUUAACAGAUUCCGAUUCAUCUGGCUCUCUUUUUACAAACACAUUCCUAGUAAAACUCGGUGUUAUAAAAGGGGAAGAUAAAAAAUAUAAACCACCAGAAGAUGUAUCCGGUCCUCUAUUAGUUCUAACACAUAUCAUACAACAAGAAUAUGUUUCUAGAUUCUCCAGAGAAAUAUUACAAGUAUUUAUUUCAAAACCACAUCCCGUGUUUGAUAAAGCAUCAACAGCUAGACAUGAACUUCUUCAAACACUUUAUGCUUUCUGAUUCAUCUUCAUAUGUGAAUAUGUGGAACUUGAUUGGGUCAAAUGUGUAACAUUGUGAUAGACAUUAAAUAUGUGUUUAUGAACUGUCAAAUGUAAAUUUGUGAUAAAAAAGAAGAAAUGCCCUAAUUUGGUUACCGGUACCUAUAUUCUUCAGAAAUACAGGAUUUAUAAUACUAUAAAAUUGUAAAUUAUUAGGGUUAUUAAUUAUUUGAUAUUGCUGAACUGAGAUGAAUUUUAUUAUAGUUCAUUUCACUUGAUAAAUACCGAGUAAAUCAUUCAUGAGAAAAAAAUAAAAAUUACAAGAAUUGAAAA